AUGCAUCCACAAUUAGAAGCAGAGAGAUUUCAUUCGUGCAUCGACUUGAUUCAAGCGUUGGACAAAUGUCACAAGAAAGAGUACUAUAAGCGUGCUUUGGGACUUUGUAACAACGAGAAAGAUGCGUUAUCAAAGUGUUUGCACGAGGCUAGACUCUCGGGAGAAAGAAGAGCAAUCUUGGAGUCGCGGGAGAAGAAGAAGGCUAUGGAAAAGAAGUGGAAACAGUUGGAAGAGGAAGAGUAUGGUGAGGAUGCGAUCUUAAAGAAGAUCAUUCAGAGACAGGUGGAGAAGAGAUCCAAGCCGGAGUAG